AUGUCAACAGCCAAAAGGCUGGUGUUGUCAUUAGCUGGUCGUAAAGAUUCAAAUCUAGCAACAGGCGCUUCUUCAACACGUCUUGUAGGCAAUAGUCUUUCACCGGGACACGAAUUAGAUGAGAUUGCAGUUGUAUCAAAUAGUGGCACAGAAGCGUGUGGUCGUGUUUCUUAUGGAAGUCUAUCGUUGAAUGGUCCUCGCUAUAUACCUGAUAAGUUGAAAGUUGUAGACUUGAACGAGAAACAGAAAGAAAGAGGUUAA